CUUUUUUGGUGAAACUAAUUUAACACAUCAUCACUAUAGUUGUGGCCUGCCAGUCUGUUAUGGAGAAGUGCUGUCUUCUUUUUUUCCUUCUAUUGACUGUCUCUACAGGCCUUGCUUUUCCCAGAGAAGAUAAUUGUGAUGUACAAAUAUAUGUAUCUGAUUCAUCUACAGUAAAAGAAUGUCAGCUCACAGAACUCUCAGCCCUUGAUGACAUGUAUUAUGAAUGUAGCUCCCUUGAAGAUGCCUUGAGUCUUACAAGUCAAAAUAUAACUAGUGAUAACUGUACCAAGAUACUAUUAAGAGGAGGGACAUAUAUAGUUAGGUACAUCUACUCUUUUAAUCAGAGUGUAGUACUGCUAUGUCAAUCCCAAGAUGUAGCAAAAGUGAUAUUUAACGUUAGCAGUGUCAUCAUAAGCUCUUUGAAGCGGUUUCAGCCACUUUAUGUCCUCCAGUUUAAUGAUGCAGAAUAUGUUAACAUUAGAGGAAUUGAUUUUGAUGGAUCUCCUGGUAUUAUUGGAAUCCGAAGAGUAGCUAGCAUCAGAAUUGAAGACAGUAGUUUCAGUUAUUUUGUUGAGGGAGCUAUUGACAUUCUCAACUCCUUUGAAAUUAUGAUAAUCAGCUGUAGUUUUAACAAUUGUGGUCCGGUAACCGACACUUUAAAAAAUCAGUUUUACAGUAUUCAUUCAGGAGGUCUAUCAAUCACUAUAGACUCACUAAGUGAAAGAAAUGGUGUAGAACCAAUCAUAAACAUAACUGAAUCUACUUUCUACAAUAACUCUGCGCUACCAACGCCAGAACUUUCUCGGUCUACAAAUGAUAUUUUUACUAAAAACAUUUUCACUGGGAGAGGUGGUGGAUUGGGUAUUACUUUAAAUUCUCCUAAUAAAAGUGUGAAAGCCUACAUAACUGAUUGUACAUUUAAAAAAAAUAGAGCAUUGGUUUGGGCAGGUGGCUUAUAUAUUGUUUUUGGUCCUAUGUCAAAUCACACUGUAAUUGUAGAAGGAAGCUAUUUUAUUGAAAAUGACAGUGAAUAUGGAGCUGGUGGAUUGUUCUCAUCAACUGUUGAUAGCACCACUAAUAUUGCUUUUUCGUCAAUUUAUGUCAAAAAGUCCAGCUUUAUUGCCAACACUGCAUUUCAAGGUGGUGCUACUGUGAAUCCUUCUCCUGGUAGACCAGGUUUUUCUAGUGCCCAGACGUUUACUUUUGCCAGAUUUGAGAAUUGUAAUUUCACCAGAAAUAAAGCAGUCCAUAUUAGUGCAAUAGCCCUUGUCACUCUUGACACAUUUAGCUCUCAACGCAGAUCUCCAGUAGAAAUUGUAAACUGCACCUUUUCUAGUAACGAGGCUGUAGACUCUCCAGCUCUCUCUGCUUUAUAUGUACCAGUGACAUUUGAUGGAAUGAUAGUAUUUGACAGUAACAUCGGAGGAGCAAUUGAAGUAGUUCAUGCCAUUGCAUUUGUAAAAGGUUGUCUUAAAAUAUUUAAUACUACUACAGUUGGCACUAAUGGAGGUGCUUUUCAAUUAAAUUCAUUUGGGCAGAUAAUGCUACAUAAAGGAGCAGAAAUUGUUUUUGACAACAAUACUGGAAGCUUGGGAGCUGCUUUGAUAUCAGGAACUCAACGUUUGUUAACUGCAUUCACUCAACUACUUUAUAAUCCAUUGUGUUUCUUACUUUACGAAGACAUAAGAAUUACACCAAAUCAAUGGAAAGAUGUCAAAAUGACUUUUUCUGGUAACAAGGCAAUUGUUGGUGCAGCUGCUUACACUGAGUUGCUGUACCCAUGCUCUUGGAGUCAGUUGAAAGAUCCCUUUUUUAAGAGUGAAGAAGUUUUGAAAUGGAAUUUCAUUAAUUAUGGAGUAAAUACUAACACAUUUCAUGAUACAAACAAAACCAAUCCUCAGUGGUAUGUGCAGACAUCAGCUGUUGGAAUUGACAGCUUGGAAAACAUUGUCACUACUUAUCCUGGGGAAAUGUUUCAGUUGAAUCUAUCAGUUGUAGAUGAACUUAAUGAACCUGUUGCUGCUCCUCUCAGAGUACUAGAAUCGUCUCAAAGAAAUGAUGUCUUAAUGCAACCAGCUGUAUCAUUUUAUACAAAUGAGUCAGAGCUGCCAAUAAAACAAGUGAUACUUCACACAGGAGCUAAUACUAAUGGGAUGUAUGAUCUGACCAUAUAUAAUGUCUUUAAUUUAGAAGCAACAACAGUUUCUAAUUUUUCCAUCAAGUUGAGAGACUGUCCACCUGGUUUCAUUCUUACAUCUUUUGAAAGCAACGCAGAAUUUAUGAAAUGCACUUGUAACUUUGAUAAUCAAGAUAUCAUUACUUGUAGCAAUAAAGGACCGAUGUUCCAAGAUUCCUAUUGGGCAACUACUGAUAGCAACAACAAUGAUGGAUUGGCAUUAUAUCAUUGCCCUACUCAAUACUGCCGCUGUUUUACAACUAGAGAUUUGCCCACAGAAUGUAUUUAUACCUUCAACUUGGAGACUCCAGACUCUCAAUGUAACUGUAAUAGAAAAGGUGUAUUAUGUGGUGAAUGCCGCAAUGGCAAAGGAGUUAGUGCUCUUUUGAAUAAAUGUACCACUUGCCAUGAUGCAUUUAGUUUACUAAUAGUAACAUUAGUGCUGAUUGAUAUUUGCAUCAUAAUAGUCGUAUUAAGAUUCUACUUAAGCAUAAAUUAUCCUUCAUUAUUAUUCCCAUGUGUAUUCUAUAUUCAAUUUCUUCCUUAUGGUGUAGAAGUAUUUCAGAAUGAAUUUGCAAACAUCAAGCCUUAUCUUCAGUAUGUGGGAAGUGCCAUUGGACUUUACUUUCCCUACGACUUUUGUUUGUAUUCAAAUGCAAGUCCUGUAGCUACACAUGCAUUUAAGUUAAUACCUAUAGCUCUUGCACUGGUAAUAACACCAAUAAUACUGGCAGUUAUCUGGAAAUUUUUACGUUUAAAGGCCUAUGGUAACUGGACUUCUGUGUGGCUGCUACUUGUUGUUCUUUAUCCUCAAGCAGUUCACACUUCUCUUGUUGCUUUAAAUUGCCCUAGAAUAUCAGUUAAUGGAACAACAGAAUCUAGAUGGUUUAUAGAUGGUAGUAUUUUAUGCUUCAGAAAUGAACAUGCUCUGUUAGGCAUUUUCUCAAUAUUAAUUCUUUUUAUUUGUGUUGCUGCCAUACCAGUUACUCUUUUACUUUCAAUAAAAAAGUUUGAGAAUAUAAGAUGGUUGCAUAGGCUUCAAUCUGGAUUACAUGUUUGGUUUAAAAAGGAGUACAAGUGGUGGUAUUGUAUUGAGCUAGUAAGGAGAUUCUUAUUAUUGCUGAUGGUUGUGCCUUUUCCUGGUAAUCAGUAUCCAGUCUUCAUUACUUACUGCAUUACAAUGGGACUAUUCCUUUAUCUUCAACCAUAUGCCAUGCCUGCAGCAAACUGGCUAGAAUUUAUAUUUUCCAUUGUCACUUUUUUGAUUUAUGUGCUCCUAAUUCCAAGACUUCCAAUUUAUUUUAAAGAAACUACAUACGUAACGGAAUAUGGAAGAUGCAGUGAGGAGAUACAAAGAUACUCUGCUGUCAGUGUUCUUGGGGGAGUGCUAUACUACAGUGUUUUACUGGUGUCAUCUAUUUCACUAAUUAUGUGGGGCAGCAUGAUCAUAUUGCCUAAAAUGAAGAAAAAGUUCCUAACAAAGACAAAAAGCAAAAGAAUUUCAUCUGACAUAAGGCCUCAUGCAGUAAGUGAAGCUACAGAAGUUGAAUCCAAAGCAACAACCUACCUACGAAUGACUAACCAUGGAAUUUGGAAAUUCCACGGACGAGCUAGUGAGCGCAGUAAUGUCAGCAAUAGUACAAAAAGUUGUCAUGGUAACACCAAUACAGAAAAACUUAGUGAUGUACAUGUACAAGAAAAAUCAACAGAAUUAGUCUAAAACUAUACUUAUAUUACAAGUGUGCAUAUUUUUAUGUUAAAAUCCAUGUUGUGGUCAAAAUUUUUUAGUAUUUUAAGUUUGAAAUGAAUUAGCUUAGAACAUUAA